AAGCUGAGUCAUCUUCAGGUGGAGCUGCUAGGAGCACUGCUGGAGUCAGGGCUAACCAAGGAGACCCUGAUCAAAGCGCUCGGGGAAGUGGACCCCUACAACCUCCAGAGUGAAAGCCAGCGAGCCAUCAAUGCCAUUCAGGCCGAGAAAGGGGAGCCCUGUGCUGAAAUCCCUCAUCUUCCCAACGGGAUGGAGGAAUCCAGAAUGUCCGAAGAGGAAACCUCUGAUGAUGGGGAGGAAUUCACCCCUCCAAUAAUGAAGGAGCUGGAAAACCUGAGUCCAGAGGAGGCUGCUCACCAGAAGGCUGUGGUGGAGAGACUCUUACAAGAAGAUCCCUGGAGAGUAGCAAAGAUGGUGAAAUCCUACCUCCAGCAACACAACAUCCCUCAAAGGGAGGUGGUAGAUACCACGGGUCUGAAUCAGUCUCAUCUCUCACAGCACCUCAACAAAGGCACACCAAUGAAGACUCAGAAGAGAGCUGCCCUCUACACUUGGUACGUCCGCAAGCAGCGAGAGGUGGCCCAGCAGUUCACACAUGCUGGCCAGGGACUCAUGACAGAGGAGUCCAUGGGAGAUGAUCUGCCCACCAAGAAAGGGAGAAGAAACCGCUUUAAGUGGGGUCCUGCCUCACAGCAGAUCCUAUUCCAAGCUUACGAGAGACAGAAGAACCCGAGCAAGGAGGAGAGAGAGGCCCUGGUGGAGGAGUGCAACAGGGCAGAAUGCAUUCAGCGUGGCGUCUCCCCUUCCCAGGCCCAAGGUCUGGGCUCAAACCUGGUCACAGAAGUGAGAGUUUAUAACUGGUUUGCCAACCGUAGGAAGGAGGAGGCCUUCCGGCACAAGCUAGCCAUGGAUACCUACAGCGGGCCGCAGUCCAGCUCUGCACCCCCGCUGACCUCUCACAACACUUCCUCCCUCCAGCCCCCAUCCGCUCUCUCGCCAAGCAAAGUCCACGGCAUGAGGUACAACCAGCAGCCGGCCAGUGAGGCAGAGUCUUCCAGCAGCAAUCACCAUGGGAACAGCUCCUUGGUGACCACCCAAACAAUUCUUCAUCAGGUCUCUCCCCCUGGACUGGAGCCAAGCCAGAACCUAUUGAGCACAGACACAAAGCUGAUCUCUGCUCAUGGAGGAUCACUCCCUCCUGUCAGCACCCUAACUGCUCUGCACAGCCUAGAGCAAAAUCCACACACACUGAGCCAGCAAACCCAAAAUCUAAUCAUGGCAUCACUGCCUGGUGUAAUGGCAAUUGGAGCUGGUGAAACCUCUUCCCUGGGACCAGCAUUCACCAACACAGGGGCAUCUACCCUGGUAAUAGGCCUAGCCUCCACCCAAGCCCAGAGUGUUCCUGUGAUAAACAGUAUGGGAAGCAGCCUUACUACACUUCAGCCUGUCCAGUUCUCCCAACAGCUCCACCCAUCUUACCAGCAGCCCAUCAUGCAGCAGGUCCAGAGCCACAUAAAUCAGAGCCCCUUCAUGGCUACCAUGGCCCAGCUACAAAGCCCCCAUGCUCUCUACAGCCACAAGUCUGAAGUGGCCCAAUAUGCACAUACUGGCCUUUUACCCCAGACCAUGGUGAUAACAGACACUGCAAAUCUGAGUGCCCUGACUAACCUGACACCAACCAAACAGGUAUUUACAUCUGAAUCAGAGACCCAUACAGAGUCCGGGAUCCACACGUCUGUGUCACAAACACCAACAAUACAUUUGCAGAACCAAGACACCGCCAUUCAGCACCUUCAGCCGAGCCAUCGCCUCACCCCAAGCCCAGCUGUCUCCUCUAGCAACCUGGUGCUCUACCAGAGCUCUGACUCGACCAACAGCCACAGCCACUUGCUGCCAUCUACUCACAGCGUGAUUGAGACCUUCAUCCCUACACAGAUGGCAUCCUCCACUCAGUAACCAUGGUGACUGGUUCACAAGCAACUGCCACAGCUGAGUCGUCAGGAGCAGCUCCAUCUGUGCUCGUGGGUCACAGAUCACAGCUGCCUUCCCACAGAGAAGAGUGUGUGCCGGGCUCAGAGGCCUCCAGCUCCUCCCCACUGCCUUACACCAAGUCUUCACCUCUCCCCCCAUCCAACACAACAUGGGAAGCUACAAACGGCCAUCCAGGUAGUUGACAGAGAAGGACAGCAUUGACACUGCCAAAUGGAACAACGGCCAUAAAAACUGAAGACUGCCAGCCAGGAUAAGGGUUUGAACGGUCUAUGGCAAAACUGCAAAGGGAUAGCUUGGAAUUUUCAUUUUUAGCUGGGCUGCAAACAUGUAACCCUGCCACUGCAAGUCCUGCAAGGAAGAGCAGCACUGCUCUGCUGAAGGCAGGCGAGCACCGCUUAAAUACCCCACCACUGCUGCAAACAAAGCUGAUAGAAACUUGAGGGACACAGCAGCUUUCCUUGGGGCAGACUGCAUAAGAGCCUGACUACCAGCCAAGCAAGAUAGAGACCA